AUGACGCCAAGGGUUAAUCUCCCGCACUUCCGGGACCCGGACUAUGUCAUGAACCUGUUCUGGGGUAUUUGCGGCUUCCUCACUCGUCACUCGAGACCUCGCACCUCCCCAUUGCACCUCUUCAACGCUGUCGUCCGCUCUCACUCUCGACGCUCGUUCCCCAUCUUCAACGUCGCCAGGUCAAUUCGACACAUUCGCCUUUCCUCCGCACGUCACGUCUCAGCACCGAGGGUCACUCGCUACGCCCUCAUCAUGAUGUGGCAAUCAUGCCUCAGUCUGGGUCUUUUGACGCUCUUCUCCUCAGCGUCUGCAGAGAGACUGCUUCGAUCCAAUUCCCUUGAUUCUUGUCAGAAGGACUCCAGUUUCUCCGCGAGUCUCUUCAAUGUCGUGUACACGCCUGAUAACAACACCAUCUUCGCCCAACUGUCUGCCAUGUCGACAGUCAACGACUAUGUCAUCGCCGAAAUCGUGCUUGACGUUUACGGCUAUCAGGCUGUGCAUCAAAAUUUCGACCCUUGCACGCUUGAGGACAUGAAAGCCACCAUCUGUCCCCUCACCGUUGGCAAAUUGCCCCCCCGGUUCAACUUUCGGGUUGGUGACAGCGUCAGCAAGCAGAUCCCCGGCAUUGCAUACGCCUUCCCCGACCUUGACGCCAAAGUCCGCGUCCAUAUCAGGAGCACACGAACUGAUGAAACCCUCGCUUGCGUCGAGGCCAAGUUUUCCAACGACAAGACGGUCGAUCUCGUCGGUGUCAAGUGGGCCACCGCUGCCGUCACCCUCGUCGGCCUCAUCACGUCUGCCCUCAUGUCCGGCGUCGGCUACACCAAUGCCGCUGCUCACUUGGGCGCCAGCACCUUGUCAUUGUUCGCAUACUUUCAAGCUCAGGCCAUGGUCGGUCUCAGCGGUGUGCCUCUGCCGCCUGCCGCCCAGGCUUGGACGCAGAACUUUGUCUGGUCGCUGGGUCUGAUCCGCAUCGGCUUCAUGCAGACCAUCUUCACCUGGUAUCAGCGCUCAACAGGCGGCGACGCGGCCGGGCUCCUCGACAAUACACUAGGUGCAUCGGUCCAAGUGAUGAAGCGAUCUUUGGACCCGGCAGCUGGCGGGCUCCAGAAGCGAAGUAACGUCAUGCUGGACACGGGUGCCUAUGUCGUAUACGGCAUCCAGCGUGUGGGUUACAAGGCACACAUUGAGACCACCAACAUUGUCAUGACCAGCAUUGUCUUCAGUGCCUUCCUGGUGCUCAUCAGCGCCUUGUUCGUCUACCUUGCUCGCCUAAUCCUCAACUUCUGCGUCAAGCGGGGGUGGGUCAAGGACACCCGGUUUCCGGAGCUGCGCGGAGGCGGCUGGCGCAUGCUUCUCAAGGGCAUAACUCUUCGCAUGCUGCUUGCUGUCUUCCCCGCCAUUGCCAUCUUCUGCUUCUGGGAGUUCACCCAGGCCGAUUCGGCAGCCAUCGUCGUCCUCUGCGUGUUCCUCUUGUUCGGCAGCAUGCUCGUCCUUGGCGUGGCGGCGGUUCGAAUCAUCACCAUCGGAAGGAACUCGAAAGCCGUGCAUCGGUCUGCUGCGUUUCAGCUCUUCUCUAACCAGGAGUAUCUCCAGAUUUGGGGUUUCCUCUACGUUCCAUUCCGAGCAACGGCCUACUAUUAUAUUCUGCCUCUGCUCGUACACACGGUCGUCAAGGCGGCUAUCAUUGCCUUUGGACAGCACAAUGGCGUUGCGCAGGCGAUUUGCCUGAUCAUUGUCGAAGCCGUCGCUCUGGCUGCCGCAAGCCUUCUGCGACCAUGGAUGGCCAAGAGCAUCAACGUUCUCAACAUUGCCAUCUGCUCCGUUAACUUUGUCAACGCAAUCUUCCUCUUCUUGCUCACCAAUAAGUUUGACGCCCCGGGUCUCCUCGUUGGCGUGGUUGGCAUUCUCAUCUUCCUCGUGAACGCCAUCUUCUCCCUGAUCCUCCUGUUGCUCGUCAUUAUUUCGAGCAUCAUGGCCUUCUGGAGGAAGAACCCUGACGACCGCUACCGCGCCAUGGACGACGACCGUGUCAUGUUCUGGAAGUCGAGGACGAGCAUGGUGCCCAGCAUGGUGGCGACUCAGGAAUUGGAGGCGCUGGCUGCGACAGCCCGCGGGGCGAAAGACAGCCAGGAAGGCUCGCACCGGAUCGAGAGUCCGCCCUUGACCCCAACCAUCGGCGCCCGCCCCGGCUCGCGUCGUGUAGACAGUCCCGCCCUCAACGAACGGUCAAGUAGCGUCCAUGACUCAGUCAGGGAUGACCAGUAUGCGGCUCCGCGAGCCCCCUGGAAGCGUAGCAACAGAGACAGUGGUAUGACGGAAUAA